GUGUUUUUUUUUUCUUGUAACUGAACUCAUAAGUGGCUUACGUGAUUCAUAUAAAGUGUUAGACGACACACGAACCCUACUAUAUCUGGCUGCCCAACGUUUUCUAAUUGUUUUGUGCUCAUAUUAACAAAAUGGCGCACGCGCCUCUGUGAACAUUUUACUAACUAUUGUAUGGUGUUGGUGCUAAAUCAUAAUGCCUCUAACGAGAAGUCAAGAUCGCCAGCAACGUCGCGAUUACGUUAUGCCUGUUGAAGAUGCAAACGCCAACGAAAAUCAUGAGGAGCACGAUAGCCCCCAUGAUCGCCGCCACGCCGAAUCAAGUGGCAACAAUUCUACAUUCAACCUGGAUGAUGUCUCAGCGUUGAUGGCCUCGCUGCAGCGUUCGCAGGCUGAGACAUUUAAAAACAUUAUGUCGUACGUGAUGGAACAAAGAUCGUCGACGCCGGCAGCUCCGCCGAUGCCCCCAGUGAACGUAGACGGUACCUUGGCGCGUUGCAAAGCUUCAUUCAGCGGUGCACCUGGUGAAUCUGUUGAGGCCUUUAUAGAUGCAAUUGAAAGCUAUACAGAGUGCGUUCAAGUAUCCGACGCUAAUAUCAUACGAGGCCUAGCUAUGCUUUUGUCUGCUGACGCAGCUACAUGGUGGCUAGGAUUAAAACAUCACAUAUCCACUUGGAACGAAGCCAAAGAAAAUUUAAUAUAUGCAUAUGGCACCCGCCUUCCACCACAUAGAGUAUAUUUAGAAAUAUUUGCUUCCCCGCAGGUGGAAGAAAACACUGAUAAGUUUGUUGCUCGUGUCCGUGCGCUUAUGGCAAAGCUACCGAGGGAUGAUAUCUCGGAAAAAGUACAACUGGACAUGGUAUAUGGGUUACUUCAUAACAGAAUACGCAGAAGAUUGCGCCGUGAAGAAUUCACAUCUUUCAACUCAUUGCUGAGCCAUGCUCGGAACAUAGAAGAUUCAUUAGAAGAAACUCAACCGAGGCCGUCCACUAGUGGUGUGCGUUCGACCCGUGCCCAGCCGGCCUCGGCUGCGGGUCGGCACGAACCGUGCGUCACUCGUGCGAGCGCGCCGGCGCGCGCGCGCUAUCCAAACUCCGCCGCGACCGUCGUGCCCGCCUCCGCCACCGCUGGGCCUGUCGUCGCCCGGCCUGCUGUUGCCACACCUACGUCUGCUGUACCAGGUUCUACAGAGCAGUCUGUGACUAUAAAAAAACAGCGUCCGGUGUGCUCCUACUGCAAAAGGUUUGGACACACAAAGGAACAGUGCCGUAAGUUAAUCAGCCGAGGUGAGUCAAGUGUAUCUAACCUUUCCGAACACAAUCAAAAUGACAAUGCUUUUUACAGUGUUCAGUGUAGUAUUAAUAAAAAUAGUAAAAUUAUUUCUGAUUUCCCUGUUGAAAAUGCAAUGUAUAGUAUUAAGCAACAUGAUAAAAAUAAUUUUGUUAGUAAUUUUAAGUGUCAAAAUGCAAAUAUUAAUUAUGCUACCAUUGAUAGUGGCCUUACUUCCAGAAAAUCUUAUUUUCAGGUCAGUAAUGAUUCUAUAUCAAAUAAUAUAAACUGUAAUUGCUCUAGUAAUAAUGAGAUGCCAAUCUUUUGUGAUUAUAAUGUUUUAUAUAAUCAGGAUGUUCGGACUAAGUGUAAAAAUUUAAAUUUUUGUUAUAACCAAGGAAUUGUAGCUAAAUAUAAGAACUCAUUAUUACCUUAUAAUCAAAUUAUUGAACCAAAUUGUAAUAAUUUAAAUUUUUCAGUUAAUUGUGACUGUGAAGAAAAAGGUAGUAAGUGUAAUUUUGGAAAAAUUAAUGAUAGUUUGGAAAAUGAUAAUUGUUUGAAUUUUAAUUAUUGUACAUGUGAGGGAAGUGUUGUAGCGUCUGUGUACGACCGUGAGAGCGAUGAUAGGUAUUUGCAUUUACGGCCUAUCUUCAAAAUCCAAGUUCUCGGUAAACAGGGUACUGCACUCAUAGAUACAGCAGCUAAGCAUUGUAUUGCUGGUCACACGCUAUAUGCUCUCUUACUACAUAAGGGUCACCCUCUUACUCCCUCCACUAGACAUGUCAAACUUGCUGAUGGGCAUGUUAGGGAUAUGGAUGUAUUGACAACCAUAUUACCAGUGGGGUUAGAACACAUAGUCAUUAAUAUUCCAUUUAUAAUCUUCCCUGAUUCUAAUGAUAAUGAAACUUUACUGGGUAUUGAUUUUAUUAAUGCUGCCAAAGUGGUUAUUGAUUUUCAUCGUCAUGAAUGGUAUUUUAGUGCCAAUACUAAGGUGCAUUAUAAAUUACUUUUCGAACCUAUGUCUCGUGGUUUGUGCAUAGCUUCUGCUAACAUGCUUCGGGAUGAUGAAGGCAUACACUUGCAACCAGCUGAGCGCCAAGCACUAUCUGAGUUCCUUAUUCGGCAUGAAAGUAUUUUUACAGCAGGGGGAGGUCCGACACCGUUUGCAGAGCAUUGCAUAGACACCGGAGAUCACCCUCCGAUAGCUGUGCCGCCCUAUCGCCUUAACCCGUCCAAGAAGGAGACGAUGAAGCAGGAAAUCGAGAAGAUGCUGGCAGAUGACAUCAUUGAAGAGUGCGAAUCCGCCUGGUGCUCUCCUGCUUUGAUGAUACCGAAGUCCAAUGGUAAGGUAAGAUUCUGCGUGGAUUAUAGGCGCUUAAAUGAAGUAACUAAGACAGAUACUUACCCACUCCCACGCAUUGAUGACCUUCUCCAGAGUACGAAGAAGAAUUGUUAUAUGACCACAAUUGACCUUCGUUCGUCAUAUUGGCAAGUUAUGGUCCGAGAAACAGACAGAGACAAAACAGCUUUUGUCUGUCCCCUAGGCACUUACCGCUUUAAGAGAAUGCCAUUCGGGUUAAAAAACGGGCCGGCAACCUUCCAAAGGCUUAUUGAUCGUCUACGCUCCUGUGCUGCUUUAAAAGAUGUUACAGUACUUGCUUAUCUAGACGAUUUAUUGAUUAUCUCAGAAGGAUUUCAGCAACACCUACAGGAUCUUGAAGCCGUUUUUAAACGCUUGUCAGAAUUUAAACUGCACGUCAACAGAGAGAAGUGCGCUUUUGCCAAAGAAAGUGUCCGUUAUCUCGGUCACGUCAUCACUCAAGACGGUGUUUCUCCUGACCCUGAGAAGGUCAGUGCUGUCCUCAAUAUGCUGGAACCAUCUAACUUAAAACACUUGAGAACUUUUCUCCAAACAUGCUCUUGGUUCAGGAAAUUUAUUCCAAAUUUUUCAAAGAUAGCAGAACCGCUUACUCGUCUGACCAAGAAGAAUUGUACAUGGAGCUGGGGACCUGAACAAACUCAGGCAUUCGAGGAAUUGAAACGUCUGUUGACCACGGCGCCCGUACUUGUUCAAGUUGAUUUUAAAGAACCCUUAGUACUGCGUACCGACGCGAGCAAUUAUGCACUUGGCGCAGUUUUGGCUCAAGGGGAGGGCAAGGACGAAAGGCCUAUCGAGUAUGCUAGCCGUCUACUCACCGCAGCAGAGCGCAACUACUCUACUACAGAACGGGAAGCGCUUGCUGUAGUCUGGGCUGUGGAGCGUUUCAGGCCAUACCUCGACGGACAACCAAUUAUUAUAGGCAGCGACCACCAACCCUUGCGUUGGUUGCUUUCUUUAAAGUCUCCUGCUGGUAGGUUGGUCCGUUGGGCGCUUAAACUUCAAGAAUUUGACAUCAGAUUCGAGUACACCCCAGGAAAAGCUAACGUGGUUGCUGACACGUUAAGCAGACCGAUCUGCUCCAAUGAAACACAAAAUAACUGCGGCAUCUGUUCUGUCAUUUGCAACCUGCCCACAAAGUCACCUACCCAGUUGCGCCAGGACCAGUUGACGGAUCCAGAAAUACGGAAGAUCGUCACGGAAUUGGAAGGAGUGGACGAACUUGCUGCUAAAAGAUGGUCAGAAAGGGGAUUUCUAAUGGAACAAGGUGUAUUAUAUCGACUCAAUCCGGAUUCUGAUGCCGAGUCCCCACAACUAGUCAUUCCUGCUCACCAAGUGACCGAUAUUCUCAAAGAGCUUCACGAUGCCCCUACAGCCGGACAUGCAGGAAUUGACCGCACUUACCAACAAGUCUCACGUCUGUUCUACUUCACAGGAAUGAGAAGAAUCAUAUCUGAUUAUGUAAAAGCAUGUAUCCAUUGUCAACGCUAUAAGGCUGCUAAUACCAAGCCUCCAGGUCUAUUGCAGACGCCGGUGAUGAACCAGCGCAACGAGGUCUUGGCAGUUGAUCUUUUCGGCCCGUUGCCACCUGGAAAACAGGGGGAGCGUUGGAUCUUGCUUAUAGAAGAUACAGCUACGAGGUGGACAGAACUGUUCCCAUUGAAAGAAGCUACUGCUGAAGCGUGUGCACAUGUCCUCAUAGAGGAGUAUUUUAUGAGGUUUGGUCUUCCACGCCGACUGGUUUCUGACAAUGGCGUACAAUUCAUUUCGGCAGUCAUGCGUCAAUGCAUGUCCAUCCUGGGGAUAAAGCAAAACUUUAUUCCUCUCUAUCACCCAGAAGCAAACCCCGCCGAACGUAAAAAUAGAGAUCUUAAGACUUUGUUAGCACAACUCGUGGAAGGCGACCACACUUCCUGGCCAAACAUGUUACCAGUGAUUCGGUUCGCUCUUAAUAACGCUAUAUGUCGCACCACAGGUAUGUCGCCUGCUUAUUUGUCAUUUGGCAGAGAGAUGAGGUCCCCCACAGAAGUCGCCCAUGACCUUCGUGCUGUCCUAGACAAAGAUAACUUUGUCCCGCAAAUAACUCCCUAUCUCAGGAAAUUUGUUAGCUCCUUUUCAGCGGUGCGUGAACGCGUUGAAACUCUUCAAGAUAAAGCUAAAGAGUAUGCUGAUCGUUCGAGACGGCCUAUUGUAACAUUCAACGAAGGUGACAAGGUCCUCAUCAAAUCACACGUUCUCAGUAAAAGCGCUAAAGACCUCACUUCGAAGUUUGUUCCAAAGCGCGAUGGUCCGUAUUGCAUCGUUAAAAAGGUCAGCCCUACCACUUACCACGUCGCGCAUGUUGACAAGCCUGAUGAAGUUUUAGGGAAAUAUCAUGUGAGCGAUCUCACUCUAUACUGUGAGAAUCAAGGUGAUACUCUUCCGCGGCCCGUGAUGCCUAAGAAGAAACGUGGUCGCCCCCCAAAUAAUGUUGAAACAGGUUCUCGAGUACCAGGGCGUAUGCCGACACAGCAUGCUGAGGCAGAUGAUGAAGUUCCAAGUCUUUCUCCCACAGAUAGUAUGGUUGGCCUUGCAACUGUUCCUCAGCCUAGUAGUAAUGACGUGCUAGUCCAGGAGCGAGGGCGUCCUCCAGGACUAGAGGGGGAGUAUAUAGCAAACCGACCCAUUCGGAGCUCUCGCGGCCGUAUGCCCGCUCGGUACAACAGUUAAUCUAUGUCCAUGUAUGUGUUUAGCAGGACUUAAUCUUUGAUUUUUGGUGACACUUAAAAGGAAAUGGUUGUUUUUU